AUGAAGGAAGAUGAUCUGGACGAUGAGGUGCCGGAGGAUGAUGACCCCCACUGCCCCACGAUACCCUUCACGUCAAUGGAGAAGCAACGCUAUCCUCGCAAAUGGCAUUCAUCGCUUAUUGUUAAAAGUCUUGGGACAGACGUUUCCAUUCCCUGUGAUCGCCCGUCGACUGGAAACGUUGUGGGAAAAGGAUGGCUCCCUCCAGAUUUCCAGUCUCUCCUAUGGUUACUACGUGGUAAGAUUCACCCAUCAGAUGGAUUUCGAACAGGCAAGGCUGGGAGGACCAUGGUUGAUUGGUGA